CCUUUUGUCAGAGGUGGGUGAAAGAAGAGCCGAGGCUGGAUGUUCUGAUAAAUAAUGCAGGGAUCUUUCAGUGUCCGUACAUGAAGACAGAGGAUGGUUUUGAGAUGCAAUUUGGUGUAAACCACUUGGGUCACUUCUUGCUCACCAACCUUCUUCUGGGCCUCCUCAAAAAUUCUGCUCCAAGCAGGAUUGUGGUAGUAUCCUCAAAGCUUUACAAAUAUGGAGAGAUCAACUUUGAAGAUUUGAACAGUGAAAUAAGUUACAAUAAAAGCUUUUGUUACAGUCGGAGUAAACUGGCUAACAUAUUGUUUGCAAGGGAGCUAGCCCGUCGGUUAGAAGGAACAGGAGUCACUGUCAAUUCACUUCAUCCUGGGAUUGUCAGAACAAAUCUAGGCAGAUAUGUGAAUAUUCCUUUGCUGGCAAAACCCCUCUUCAACCUGGUGUCAUGGGCUUUCUUCAAAACACCUCUGGAAGGAGCCCAGACUUCUAUUUAUUUGGCCUCUUCUCCUGAUGUUGAAGGUGUGUCAGGAAAACAUUUUGGGGACUGCAAAGAGGAGGAACUCCUGCCCAAAGCUAUGGAUGACUUGGUUGCAAGAAAGUUGUGGGAUAUCAGUGAAGUGAUGGUUGGUCUAUUGAAAUAAGUGCCAAGGUGUAUCUGCAAAAAAAAAAAAAAGCAGAUAACUAUGUAAUACAUAUUUGCAACAGUGCAAUUCUUUAAGUGCUGUAGGAAUACAGAUUACUUUGCUCGAUAAGUAUUAGAGAGAGGAGUGAUUUAUGCUGGAGCUCUGUUUUGAAAUAAAGGACAAUCUUGAUUAUUUAAUAGAGACAUUUAAAAAAAUCUGAAAUAGAGUUUGAGGGUGUGAAUAUAAUUUCUGGUGAAAUCUGCGUGGAAACUCAUGUUUCAAAAAUAAAAAUUAAAACUGUGUUUUGCAAUAUAUAUGCAUAU